AUGUCUGACACAGGAGGUGACAAGGCAGUGAUAGAGGCAGGUCAUGGCUUUUCAAAGGCCAUCAUCUAUGCCUUUCUUGGUCUCCUCUUUCUUCUUGCCAUGGCAAUAGGCAGAAUUUCAACCGUCAGCCAGGAUCCACGAGAACCACCGCUUCUGAAGCCCACAAUUCCGGUCGUGGGCCACAUCAUCAACAUGCUCUACAAAGGGGGAGGAUAUUACCUGGAACUUUACAAAACCUCUGGAGGCAAGCUGUCGACCGCUACAUUACAAAUAUUCGGUCAAAAGGUGUAUGUCAUUGCCGCACCCUCCCUGGCGCAGGCGGCUCUGCGCAGUCGCCAACUGUCUUUCGACCCUUUUGUCGUCCAGGCGAGUGACGGUUUGGUGCGACUGAGCGCCAAAGCGAAAGCCCUCUUCGUGGAUGGAACCCUUCUUCACGCUUUCUCGACCACUGUAUCAACGGCGACUGCCCCGGAACCCAUGCGUCGCAUGACGGCGACAGCACUUGCAACACUGGCCGAAGAUCUUAACGAGCUUGCGGUUGGGGACGAUCAUCAACAGAAAGUGCCUCAUCUGUAUCAUUUUCUGAGGAAUCGCAUCGCGGUGGCCGCAACUGAUUCGCUCUAUGGAAGAAACACGAAUCCCUUUCGAGAAGAUGGGUCCUUGGUGGAUGAAAUCUGGAUUUUUGAUGACGCAUUAACCUAUUUAUUCCCCAACAUUCUUCCGGCAUUAAUAGCUCCAGCUGGCAACUCUGCAAGGGAACGGCUUCAAGGCACUCUUGUGAAGUACUUUGAACACUAUCCACACGACAGCUCGUUCCCUCCGGACACGGCGGAGUUCACCAAGCUGCGAGCCCGCAUCAUCCGUGACUCGGGUCUUGAUGACACUGAUCUCGGGCGCCUUGAGGUGGGCAUGGUUGUGGCUGCCACGACAAACAGCGCGCCCAUGUUCUUUUGGUUUCUUGUGAGCGUCAUCUCCCGGCCAGAGGUCCUAGCAAGAGUCAGGAAGGAGGUGGAGCCCCUGGUACAGAUUGAAGAGGGUGGGAAGCCUGAAAGCUCUGCAGAGAACGCUUCACCUCUAACGGGUAGUAUCGCCACCCUUCGCGCGUCUCAGCUCACCGAUCAGACAAUAUGUCCAUAUCUCAACGCGGCGCAUCACGAGACGUUGCGCCUUUUUGACUCCAACACCGCGACGCGGCACGUUCUUGAGGACACAACGCUCCCGGAUGGGACCCUUCUUCGAGCUGGGGGUAUCUGCCACAUACCAUCUGGUGUGGGGCAUCGGAUACCUGAAGUCUGGGGCGAGAGGGACCCUGAAGAGUUCGCCCCGGAGCGUUGGCUUGAACCUCAGCCCCGCCAGAUGGGAUCCAAGGGGGUCUCCUCGAGGGCUGCUUAUUGGCCAUUUGGAGGCGGAAAGCAUCUCUGCCCAGGUCGCAAUUUCGCAAUCAAUGAGAACAUCACUCUCCUCGCAGCCUUGGUGAUGGGAUUUGACUUCGAUGGUCUCAAUGACGCCACGGUCCCCAGAUGUCCUAUCGCAAAUCUUACUGGCCAGAGCGUUCCGCCUCCUCGGAAAAAAGUGGACGUCACGAUUAGGAGACGGGAAGGCUGGGAAAAGGUCAAAUGGCAGCUGAUAAACUAG